AUGGACUUCACACAGAACAAAGACGAUCCACACGGCGUACAGCGCCUGCUCGGUAUCCUGCGUCGCCAGCAGGACUCUUCCUCCUCCCCUUCCGCUCCAGCCCCAUCAAGUGCCGCACCGUCCUCCUCUUCCUUUGCGGCAUCGAACCCCUUUUCUACCUCAUCAUCGUCCACCGCUCCAACCACCACCACCUACUCCCAUCCCGAAUCAGACGCAGCCGUCCGCAGACGUACCUACAACUCUUCCUCCAAAUACACCCCCACCACCGCGACGGACCCAUUCGACCCGUACUCGUUCAACCCGUUCAGCACGUCUUCCCCUCCGCUCCCUGCUCCCAUCCCAACACCACCCAAACCAGCAGCGCCGCGCGACCUAUCCUCUCUAUCGUUCGCCGAAUCCCUCCCGAUCCUCUCCACCCUCUCCUCGGACCGUACGCUACUCAAGCGUCUAUCAGCCCUCCGCACGGAACAGCACGACCUCGAACGACGUCUGACAAAAGACUACCGGCAGUUCGCAGCGACCGCCGACAAGCAGUACCCGCAACCACGCGCGAGGAGGGACGAGGACGAGCGUCGACGCAAAGACAUCCUGCGGAGAUGGGAUGCAUGUGUCAAGCGGCAGCAGGAGGAACUGCGACGGGCGGGCGUGCCCGGUAUCCGGGUGACUAGCGAGAAACGCGAGUGCGACAAGCAGAGGCGGAUUGUAGGUGUGCUCGCCGAGAUGAUGGAUGAGGGGGAGUGA